AUAGCCCCUGCCCUUUGGUCAUGCGGACCUCCGCCCUCGGAUUGGCAACCGCCGGAUGGGAGGAGGAGCUCUGGCCGCGCCGCUCGCGCAGAAGCUUCUAGCAUGUCUGGGGCUGCCCCUCCCUGGGUGUUUCCGCCCACGUCCCCGAUCGCCCCCGGGUGCGGAUCGAGAAGGGGACGGAGGCUUUUUUUGCUUGUGGUGCUACGUACCCCUGGCCCCAGCUCACCUGGGAGAGGUGCUGGGCCCCUCCACCCAGGGAUGCCAAAUCGGGCCUCUGGCUGAACGCCGGGACCACCUGCGGGCAGUGAGCCUGCAAAGGGGAGCGCCAGUUUGCCCCCAUCUCCCUCUGGGGCCCCUGGGAGGGCGGAGUGAACUAAUUCUUGUAAAGUGCUUAUCCAGCACCGCGCCAGGCACGUAAAUGGCAGCCUGCGCCCACAGUGGCGGUCCAGGUGCAGGGAAUGGAGGGGACCGCCUCUGCCCAGCCUCCUGGGGUAGCUCUCCUCAGGGAAGGAGAAAGCCGCUUUCUUUUUUGUCCAGUUGCCCGUGGAUGACUCAGGCUGGUUUCUGGGCUUGGUGUUAACAAACGAAGUGACUUUUUAUAUGAGGAUAAUGGCAAAGGUACCAGGGUUUGAGAAUUUGAAAAUCUCCUUGCGUUGUUUUACCAACAUUUUUUAGUCUCCCUACACAUCGCCAACCCUAAAGUAUUUAGGAGUAAACACUUCCCUGAAAGCUGACUCUGGAUGUGCUUUUUUCAUCUGAUGUCGUAGUGAAUUCCUUGCCUAAAGGGCAGUGGCCCCAGUGGUGGGAGCAGCGGUGGUGCUAAUGGUACCUCCUUCAGCUACACAUUCCAUGGAGACCCUCAUGCCAUGUUUGCUGAGAUCUUCGGUGGCCGAAAUCCCUUUGACACCUUUUUUGGGCAGCGGAACGGGGAGGAAGGCAUGGACGUUGAUGACCCGUUUACUGGCUUCCCCAUGGGCAUGGGCGGCUUUACAAACAUGAACUUUGGCCGGUCUCGCCCUGUGCAAGAGCUCACCCGGAAAAAGCAAGACCCCCCUGUCACCCAUGACCUUAGGGUUUCCCUUGAAGAGAUCUACAGCGGCUGCACCAAGAAGAUGAAGAUCUCCCAUAAACGGCUGAACCCAGACGGGAAGAGCAUUCGCAAUGAAGAUAAAAUUCUGACCAUUGAAGUAAAACGGGGUUGGAAAGAAGGGACCAAAAUCACCUUCCCCAAGGAGGGAGACCAGACCUCCAACAACAUUCCAGCUGACAUCGUCUUUGUUUUAAAGGACAAGCCACACAAUAUCUUUAAGAGAGAUGGCUCUGAUGUCAUUUACCCAGCCAGGAUCACCCUUCGGGAGGCUCUGUGUGGCUGUACUGUGAACGUCCCCACUCUGGAUGGCAGGACCAUACCCGUCGUGUUCAAAGAUGUCAUCAGGCCAGGCAUGAGGCGAAAAGUUCCUGGAGAAGGCCUCCCCCUCCCCAAAACGCCCGAGAAACGUGGGGACCUCAUUAUUGAAUUUGAAGUGAUCUUCCCUGAAAGGAUUCCCCAGGCAUCAAGAACCAAACUUGAACAGGCCCUUCCGAUAUAGCCACCUCUGUUCCCCAAGGACUGACCAGGGACCUUUCCAGAGCUCAAGGAUUUCUGGACCGUUCCACCAGUAGUGGACCCAUGAGAAGGCGGGAGGGCCCAGGGAGGGCUUUCGUACUGCUGAAUGUUUCCCAGAGAAUAUAUUACAAUCUUUCAAAGUCGUGAACUAGACUUCAGUGGUUUUUUGAGUGAUAGGGCAGCAAGUGGUGGGAACAGCAGAAGGCAUUCCAGUCUGUGCCACAGAUCCUGCAGCUCUCCUGGAACGAGCCCAGCCCUCCUCCUCAAGGCCCUGCUCAGGACCAAGAGGCAGCCCCGCAACUGGAUUUGAGCCCUCUGUCAUCCCUUUGCUUGUUGCCGUUAGGAAAUGUCAAUCUGCUAUCUUGGUUACCAGACCCUGUAUGCUCUCCAGUUUCUGUUGUAUGACCAGUUCAUGUUUUAUUCUGUAUUUGUCUCCCAUAUUUUGCUCUUCCUCUGAAGAAUCCCGUCUUUUGCCAUCUCAAAUUGAGAACCUAGACUAUUUUUGCAGAACUGCCUGUCUGGCGCCCGCAAGCAAUACCUCUCUCGUUUCCAGCAGGACCAAGGAAGCUAGCCUUAGUAAGUGAGAGUGACUUGUGCAGCCAUCUCUCCCUUGGGGGUCAGGGGCCCUCUCAACCUCUGGCUCCGGGGGCCGAGUACGCUCACUUAUGGGUCACUCUUUCUUUUCCUGUAAGGUAAUCUUUGGCACACUGGGACCUCCCAGUGGCCCAGAUCAUUUUUUUGUUUAAUGGACUCUGGACUCUUUCAAAGGGAUCUGAUCCUUUUGAAUUUUGCACAGCCCUAGAUAUAAUCCCUUUUGAUAAAAGGGUCUUUACUCCUGAUUACAGGAGCACUGUGGAACGUCUGUAAAUAUGUUUUUAUAAUUCUGUGUAAAGUUGGUGUGCACUCAAAGAAAGCAGUCCACGGCAGCUGCUGCUCUCUGUACAGGCCCAUGAUGGAAUUCAGAAGGAACCUUGGGAGUGGGAGGGUUGGAACGAGUGUCUGUUCUCUGCAGGCCAGUCUGGUGCUCAGACUUUUAGACUCAUUGUAAGUUGCCACUGCCAACACAAGACCAAAGCGUGUGACUUGUCAUUGUGCAGCAUGACAGCAUUAAAGACUGAUGCUAAACCUCA